CGAGUGAGCGCCUUGACGAGAAAAAAAAAACGAUGGCAGAAGAAAAAGUUACCACGACGAUACUUUCGCUCUUUGUGUGUGCUGCUAAUAAUCCUUAAAAAUCCUUCAUCUAUUGCGUACAAAACGCGUGAAAGUAGUGCUUAAACGGUCAAACAAACGAUCGCGUCCACAAUGGAAGAAGAUUGGGAGCAACUCAGUGAGCAGGAAAAGGUGCCAAUUCCUGUCAAGAAACCUGACGUCAACAAAUGGGACGGUGAGGACGAGGAAGAGGAAGUGAAGGACAGCUGGGAAGAUGAGGAUGAGUUAGAGGAAAAGAAGGAUGAAGAAAAAUUGGAAACUCCCAAGGCGAAGCCCAAGAAGACGCUACAGCAAAAGAUUUUCGAAAAAGAAAAACAAAAGCAGGAAGAAGCUGAACGGCGGAUGCAGGAGAAGGAAUUAGAAAGCAUGACACCAGAGCAAAAAUUGGCCGAGAAACUUCGGCUUCAGAAACUGCAAGAAGAGUCUGACCUCAAGAAUGCCAUGGAUACGUUCGGUGUGACUACAAUCGCCGGGGGAAUCGACGGUAUGCAUCCUACCAACAAGGAAGAAUUCAUCGAACUGUCCGAUGCCAUAAACAAGAAGCUCUCAAAUUAUAAGAACGAUCCCGAGUAUUGCGCCUUUUUAGAGGAUCUUAUCACCAAAAUGUUUGCCAGUUUGCCAUCGGCCAACAUUAGGAAAGUUAAAGGUAUUCUUGAUAAUCUCUAUCUGGAGAAGCAGAAAUUGGAGAAAGGUGAUAAGCCCAAGAAGAAGACAGGUGUAAAGGUCAAAGCCAGGCUACGAAUGGAUGGCGAAAAUCAAAACUUUGACGAAUACGUCCCCAAAUACGACGAUUUUGAUGAGUACGGCGAUUUUAUGUAACAUUCGCUAUAAGUAGACAAAAACGAAAUGUAGAAGGAGCGGUCGGACGUGGCAGACAGUGCACGUGAUUGAAUCACGUUCCGCCGCGAAAUGAAAAGUUGAACGCUCAUCUAGCAGAAAUACAACCCACACACACAGGAAUUUACACACACACACACACACACUAUUAUAUUUGCAUAACCAAUCAAAACAAGAAAAUAGGCUUUUUUGUUAUUAUCCUGUUAUAAUAUUUUGCGUCCGCGUUUGUUCAAAAACCGAUACUACUGCACAGUUUAUAUUUCUCUAUGUGUUUAUCGUUUCAAUCCGUAGUUGGCAGUAACGAAAUCCGUGUCUUAAAGUUAUCUAUUCCUCACUGAAAUUAGAAUAAUAAAUUCUCACAGUUUCUCUACAUCUAGCCCUGCAUAAUAUUAGCUUUUUGGUUGAAAUGAAGGUUGGCACGUAAGCAGCUCUGCAAACGAGGAGGAUCGUGUAAGAUUUAGGAUUUUUAAUUUGAAUAGAAAGCCACACUGAAAACUAGAGCAGGGUGGAGCAAGUCGAUAAAUUUGAUUUGUUAACUUAGAAAGCCGAUCAGCGCGCGAAAUAGCCAAACUAAACAAAAAACCGUUGCAAACCCACAAAAUACCAGGGGUCUCAUUGGGCAAGUCGAAACUAAUCAUUUUUCGUAUGAACGCUUGAACGACAACAACGGUUUCGACUUGGUUCCAUAAUGUGACCCCAGUUUUAGUGAUCGAAUGGUGUUAGUGUCGCACGUCGUGGUCAGAAUGCAGGUACGUACCUACUCGGGAUGGACAGUGCUUCUGGUAAUGUGUAAAUAGGAGGAACAGUUUGAAUAAAAGAUUCGACGCUACGGAA